AUGGUGAUCCACCGCCUCUUGGAGCUGGGGCACGGGGUCUCAACAGUAGCCCAGCAUGGGACCAAGAAGAGGCUUUCAAAAAGACCGUCGACGGUAAGGGCAGCGGAUGUAACAGGGUCAGUGGCAAGCAAGGAGUCGAGAGCGGCGGCACGCAGGACGAUGCGAGAGUCAAUGGUCAAUUGGUACGUUGGCGGAGGCCUCGGUGAGCAAACAGUGCCGGGAGCGUUACGCCAGCCUUUGGAUCGACUUGUGCCGCCGUUGCCACCUCAACCCGGCAUCCAAAUGCCCCGCCGCCGACAUACCUCUUCGACGAAGGUCACAACUUUGGGCAGUACCUGCUGGCAGCUGUCCUCUUUCGGCAACCUCACCUCAGGAGCCCGUUGGAACCACCCAAGUCCCGGUUACCGUUGGGUUGGGAGUGUGUGUGUGUGUGGGCGCGCACGCGCGCGCACGCGCGCGCUGGCGUGCGUGCAUGCGUGCGUGCGUGCGGGCGUGCGGGCGUGCGGGCCGGCGUGCGUGCGGGCGUCAAAGACGGGCGAGUUUGACGAGACCAUCCCCUUCCACAUCCCAGAAAUCCAGUUCGUGGCCCUGUGUCUACAACCUGCUUCGUCCUCAUCAGAGGGCAGCGGACGAGCACAUGUUCUCCAUCAACCUGUCCCAGAUUCGCGAGUUCAUGAAGGUCACCAGCGAGGCCUACAAGAUGACGCAGGCGGAUGGGGAUCCACAUCCAUAUCCCUUCGCCAUGGGGGGCCUUCACACGAUGCAGCUCAAAAAGACGCACCAUUGGCGAAAAUGGAAGAGCUUUGCCUCAGUACGCCGGCUAGGUCAGCAGCUGCGGGCGUUGCCGGCCCGUACCAGAGCGGCGGCAAUCGCAGCAGCCGUCAAAAUCGAAAGAACGAUGUCCCGGCCCUCAGCCCGAGGGCGUCUUUGACCGUUGCUGUCUUCCUGGAAGUUUUCUCCGGUGAGUGUGGGUUGGGCAAAGCCAUGGGAAAAGUGGGGAAAAGUGUGUGGGCAUUGCGUCUUGGCUUGGGACAUGACACUUGGAGCUGA